AGCGUGCACAUCGUACCGGUCACAUGCGCUUUGUGGGUUGAUUUUGUGCUACGAAGAAGCAAGUUAGCCACUGAUGCCUAAGAAAGCAAAAUCAGCUGCAACAGUAGCCUGUGAGGAGGAGGAAGUCGUCCCCUCCAAACAGAGAAAGACAGUCCCCAAUGGCGUUCCCUCCCCCCUCAGUUUUGACAGCCCGGCCGGCCUUUUCCAGAGCCUGAUUGCUCCCCUGGGCGUAACAGAGUUCUUCCAGGAGUACUGGGAAAAGAAACCCCUGCUCCUCCAGAGGUCGGACCCUGGCCUGGCCACCUACUACCGUUCCCUCUUCCAGCUCUCUGACCUGAAGGAGCUUUGCAGCCAGGGGAUUGAGUACGACAGGGAUGUCAUCCUUUGCCGCUGUGUCAACGGCAAGAAGAAAGUGUUAAGCAAACAGGGUAGGGUGAACCACAGCCAACUCAAGAGGGACUUCGACCAGAAAAGAGUUACUAUACAGUUCCACCAGCCGCAGAGGUUUAAGGAUGAGUUGUGGCGGAUUCAGGAGCAGCUGGAAUGUUUCUUCGGCGCCCUGGUUGGCUCGAACGUGUACAUCACCCCACAAGAGUCUCAGGGGCUGCCCCCACAUUGUGACGAUGUUGAGGUGUUCAUUCUGCAGCUGGAGGGGGAGAAACACUGGCGACUGUAUGAGCCCACGGUACCCCUGGCCCGCGAGUACAGCCUGGAGCCAGAGGAGCGCAUCGGCAGCCCCACUUAUGACAUCAUACUGAAGGCAGGUGAUUUGCUGUAUUUUCCGCGUGGAACGAUUCACCAGGCAGACACUCCGGUGGGGGUGGAUCACUCCACCCACCUCACCAUCAGCACCUACCAGAAGAUGUCCUGGGGGGACUUCCUGCUGGAUGUGUUUCCCAGCUUCCUGUUUGAUUCAAUGAAGAGUGAUGUCACCAUGCGAGCGGGCCUGCCCAGGAAGCUCCUAACGGAUGCCAGCCCGGAUCCAGGCGCUGCCAGGCAGCUGUCCUCGUUUCUGAGGGAGCUGGCAGACAGGAUGGAACAGGGGCAGCAGGGGCAGCAGGGGCAGCAGGAGCUGAGGUCCACGGGUAUGAAGAGGGACUUCGUGUCCAAUAGACUGCCCCCGUACCUGCAGGACGACUCCGCCAUCAUGCCAGCUGGGAAGAUGCCUGCGCUGGAAGACACAGUAUUUAUGCGGUUUCUAGACCACAUCCUUGUGACAGUGGAACCCAGUGAGGAGAGAACAGAUGAGGCUAUGGAGCUGGCAGUUUUCGUACUACACUCUCUCAGGAACAAGAGGGAGACGCACAUGAUGGGAGUUAGUGGCGAUGAGGAGGAGGAGGAGGAAGAGAGUCAAGGUCUGCGCUUCCCCCUCUCUCACCUCCCGGCCAUCAGACAGCUGCAGAGUGGAGAGCGCCUCCUUGUGGACAAGCUACCACUGGAGCAAGACUCAGACAGACUCAACCUGGCCCUGUCUCUUUGGAGUGAGGGACUGCUGGUGGUGUGUUAGCUGAAGGCUCACAGCCAACUCUUGUUUACAAUUUGUAAAUUAUUAAAAGCUA